UAAAGUACAUGCACAAUUUGAAAUCGUGCAUCCAUCACUAUUAACCUUAAUUUUAAGAUCUUCAAAUCAUCAAAAAAGACAAACAUGAAGAAGAAAAAAGUGAAAGGUGACAUUCCACGACAAAGACAAAUUUUCACUUUAGCCUUUUUGAUGCAGAGUAAUAAACACUAAAGAUACAUUGGCAAAUACUAUGAAACUAAAGUAACCCAUCAACACAUUAAUAUACUACAUAAAUAAUUCGCUUUUAGUGACUACAAAUAUAUGUGAGAAAACAUUGAUCUCCCCUCCCGACAAGAACAUAUCAGUUACAGUGUAGAGAGAUGUUUCAGAAAACAAACAGUUUCUUCCACAGAACACUACACAGUCUCAAGUCAAUCAUUCUUAGAGCAGGUAAGAAGCUCUCUAAACCAAAAACACACUUCUCAUGCACAUUUUGUAGAUCAAAUUCUCUCGAUGGCGACGAUUUCUACGCAAGUUUCCUCAACAUUUGGGAGUCUGAUCUCGAAAAUAGCAUUGGAGGAGGAGGUCCAUUAAAACUGGAGCAAAAGACUCAAGAGCAUGUACAAGAUCACCAAGAGAAGAAAACAGAAGCUUGCUCUUCUCGUUUAUCAAGAGACUGCGAUACAAUGGAGAAGAAGAUCAAAGAGAUGUAUGUAAUUGAGACGGGAGAUAUAGAGCAAGCCCUUGACGUUGAAGAAGCACUUCAUUACUAUUCUCGUCUUAGAAGUCCUGUUUAUCUCAACAUCGUUGACAAGUUCUUAAAUGAUCUCUACGCCUGAUCCCAACACUCUUGAGCUAUUAUAGUUUGUGUUUUUCAAAUUCUUGAUUUGUUUUGGUUUACUACAAGUCUUUCUUCUUGUAUGUUUGAAUCAUGCUUGUGUACCAAUAUACCAUUUGACAGUGAACUUUGGAGCUCUCUUCUUGCAGUA